AUGGCGCAACUCGACACCCUCGAUUUGGUAGUCUUGGCGGUGCUUUUGGUGGGUAGCGUUGCCUACUUCACCAAGGGCACCUACUGGGCUGUUGCCAAAGACCCCUAUGCCUCUACAGGUCCCGCCUUGAAUGGUGCCGCCAAGGCCGGCAAAUCCAGAAACAUCGUCGAAAAGUUGGAGGAGACUGGCAAGAACUGUGUGAUUUUCUAUGGAUCGCAGACUGGAACCGCAGAGGAUUAUGCCUCUCGAUUGGCAAAGGAAGGAUCUCAGCGAUUCGGGCUCAAGACCAUGGUCGCUGAUCUUGAGGAUUAUGACUAUGAGAACCUGGACCAGUUCCCCGAAGAUAAGGUUGCGUUUUUCGUUUUGGCCACGUACGGCGAAGGUGAACCCACCGACAACGCUGUUGAGUUCUACCAGUUUCUCACCGGCGAGGAUAUCGCUUUUGAGAGCGGCGCUUCUGCCGAUGACAAGCCGUUAUCGUCCCUCAAGUAUGUCGCAUUCGGCCUGGGUAACAACACCUACGAGCACUAUAAUUCGAUGGUCCGCAACGUGGAUGCCGCUUUCCAGAAACUCGGAGCUCAGCGGAUUGGCACUGCCGGUGAGGGUGAUGACGGCGCUGGUACUAUGGAAGAAGACUUCUUGGCAUGGAAGGAGCCCAUGUGGGCGGCGUUGUCUGAAGCCAUUGGUCUGGAGGAGCGAGAGGCGGAGUAUGAGCCCGUCUUCUCCGUCGCCGAAGAUGAUUCUCUGAGCCCUGAGGACGAUUCUGUUUACCUUGGUGAGGCCACCAAAGGCCAUCUCGAAGGCAGCCCGAAAGGCCCAUUCUCUGCCCACAACCCCUACAUCGCCCCGAUCGUCGAGUCUCGUGAACUAUUCACUGUCAAGGAUCGCAACUGUCUGCACAUGGAAAUCAGUAUUGCUGGAAGCAACUUGUCGUACCAAACUGGUGAUCACAUCGCUAUCUGGCCAACCAAUGCCGGUGCGGAAGUUGAUCGGUUCCUCCAAGUUUUUGGUCUCGAAGGAAAGAGACACACGGUUAUCAACAUCAAGGGCAUUGAUGUGACUGCCAAAGUCCCGAUCCCCACCCCUACCACGUACGAUGCCGCUGUUCGCUACUACCUGGAAGUCUGUGCCCCUGUUUCUCGUCAAUUCGUCUCAUCUCUCGCCGCCUUUGCUCCCGAUGAGGAGAGCAAGGCGGAAAUCGUUCGUCUCGGUAGCGACAAGGAUUAUUUCCAUGAAAAGAUUUCGAACCAGUGCUUCAACAUCGCACAGGCUCUUCAAAGCAUCACCCCCAAACCGUUCUCUGCCGUGCCUUUCUCUCUACUCAUCGAGGGCCUCACCAAGCUGCAGCCUCGCUACUAUUCCAUCUCCUCGUCCUCCCUUGCGCAAAAAGAUAAGAUCAGUGUCACUGCGGUUGUCGAGUCGGUUCGUUUGCCUGGCGCCUCUCAUGUUGUCAAGGGUGUGACGACGAAUUAUCUUCUUGCACUCAAGCAAAAGCAAAAUGGCGAUCCUUCUCCCGACCCUCACGGACUGACCUACGAGAUUAACGGUCCACGCAACAAGUAUGACGGUAUCCACGUCCCUGUCCAUGUUCGUCACUCGAACUUCAAGCUGCCCUCUGAUCCUUCUCGGCCUGUUAUCAUGGUCGGACCUGGUACCGGUGUUGCUCCUUUCCGUGCCUUCAUUCAGGAACGAGCUGCUUUGGCUGCCAGGGGCGAAAAGGUUGGACCCACAGUUUUGUUCUUUGGCUGCCGCAACCGCAACGAGGAUUUCAUGUAUCAGGAUGAAUGGAAGAUUUACCAGGAACAGCUUGGGGACUCGCUGAAGAUCAUCACUGCAUUUUCUCGCGAAUCUUCCCAGAAGGUGUAUGUUCAGCAUCGCUUGAGCGAGCAUGCCGAACUCGUCAGCGACCUUCUCAAGCAGAAGGCAACCUUCUAUGUCUGCGGUGAUGCUGCGAACAUGGCGCGUGAGGUUAACCUUGUACUUGGUCAAAUCAUCGCCAAGCAGCGCGGUCUUCCUGCCGAAAAGGGCGAAGAGAUGGUUAAGCACAUGCGCAGCAGCGGUAGCUACCAGGAAGAUGUGUGGUCAUGA